AUGGCAGAAAUUCAGCUCCCACAGCCUCUGGGGCAUCUAUCCACUCUUGUGGAAGAACAACUAGAAUCAUUUGCUUCUGGUAGCAAGCAUAUACGAGAGGCUGCUCUCAACGCAACCCAAUUUGUUUUCAAUCUAGCCUUGCAGUCAGAAGGACAAUCUCAGCCCCACGUAUCUGCACUGCUCGCUUCUUUCAGCCCUGCCGAAGCUCCACAAACGCGUUCUCAGACGCGCGCAAACGCUAAACGAAAACGCAGUCCCUCACCUGGACUGGCCCGAGAAAAUAAACUUUUACCCCCAUCUACUCCGCUCACGUCCCUCUUCACUGAAGGGUUGGGAGAGGACCAAAUAUGGGUCCAACUGGAACUUCGGGCGAAGAAUAUUUGCGACACACUGCAGCUUGCUUUAGAAGGAACGGGGGAAGAACUUGGUGGAGAGUUGGACGAAGAAAUGAAGCAAGGCAUGAUUAUGGAUGCAGAGAAUGAAGAAGAGGAUGAAGAAAGCGAGGACCAAGACGAGGAAGAUGAAGAGACUACGGAUGAGGAAGACGGUGAAGGAGAUCUGGGCGAAGAUUAUACGACGUUGCGAGACUCAGGCUCAGAAGAUGAUGAGGGCGAGGAAAUUGACGAGGUGGAUUUGGAUCGUCGGCUAAUGCCUCCAGUACCCCACAAGUCCAAAAUACCGAGGCCUAAACCGGGUAGUCACUCUGAACUAGACGAUGGGUUCUUUGACUUGGCUUCAUUCAACGCUGAGACAGAAGAGGCAGAAGCUCGAUCUGUCUCUCGAGGUUCCUUGGGGACUGGUCUCGAUGAAGACGAAUCGGAGGAUGACGAACCCAUAGACCUCUUCACAAAUGUGGAUGAGCAGGGUGUCAUUGAGGAGGAAGAGGCAGAAGGAGCUUUUUAUAGAAAUUUCUUCGACCCUCCAGCACGACCAUCUGCUAAGCCAAAAGCGAAGGGUAUGUCCAGCACUCCUUCGGCUCGAACGUCCAAAGUGCGCUUCCACGAAGAAGUUCGAGUAAAAACAAUCAAAGCUCGCGGAAAGAACAUGUCUAUUCUGGAUGUGGAAAAUGGUGAUGGUGGUGAUGAUGAUGAUGACGACGACGACGACGACGACGAUGAUCAAGAGGGGCAGGUAGGACAGGAGGAGUCAAGCGGCCGUGAAAUAAUAGAGAGGUUAAAGGAUGAUCUCUUUGCUGAGGAGGAAGAGGAGGAGGCCCAAGAUCUCACUGCGCAUCAAAAACGGCAAGCCUCUCUCCGUGAACAAAUCUCCACCCUUGAGUCAGAAAAUAUCGCGAAAAAGGACUGGGUUUUGAUGGGAGAAGCGACCUCUCGUUCACGACCGCAAAACUCCCUCUUAGAGGAAGAUCUGGAGUUCGAGCGAGUAAUGAAGGCGGUCCCUGUCGUGACGGAAGAUGUUGUCAAAGGACUGGAGGACCGAAUCAAAGCCCGUAUUUUGGAUAAUCAGUUCGACGACGUUGUCCGCAGACGUCCCGCCAAUGACAUGCCCUUCCUUCCUUCUCGAUUAUUCAACUUGCAGGAUACGAAGUCCAGUCAGUCGUUGGCACAGAUUUACGAGGAUGAGUACACCGCAGCACAGACAGGAGGUGUAGCAGGCGAGGAUCGUGACGGGAAAUUAAAAAAAGAGCACGAUGAGAUUGAGAAGGUCUGGGAGGGUAUCACUUCCAAGCUGGAUGCUCUUUCCAAUGCCUAUUUCACCCCCAAAACACCCAAAGCUACGAUUUCUACAGUGUCAAAUGUUGCUUCUGCGACACUGGAGUCGGCUCUCCCUACAACAAAAUCUGCUGCAUCAAUGCUCGCCCCCGAGGAGGUCUUCGAUGCGUCUACAGCUGAAACCAGAGCACGCAGCGAGCUGUUACCGGCGGAAAAGCGUGCUUUGCGUAACAAGCAUAGAAAGAGCAAAAAGAAAGCUCGUGAUACUCUGGAGAAAAGUGUGGACAAGUUUGCGAGAUCGAAGGCACCUAAAGGGCUCAAGGCUCAGAAGACAGCAGCUUUGAAGAGUGUGAUCCGGAGCGGUAAGGGUAUCACAGUCGUAGGGAAGCAGACAAAGGAUCUAGGAGCUCGGAAAGCGCGACAGAUUAAAUCUUGAUUACUGUUGUACGGGUGUUCCAUAUGUUAUGUUGUGAUUUUCCGCUGUU